AUGGACGGGGAAAAGCAUAUCUCACCCUCACCAAUCAUAUCCGAAAGCAUCGGGCAAUCGAACCAUGAGAGCAAGGAUAAGAAAAAGCCGCAAUAUGCUACGCUGGAGGAAAUGAAAACGGCCAUUCGAGAAAUCAACCAAGAGCUUGGAGAAGACUCUAUCAGCACCGACGAUGAAGACUUGAAGAUGCAUGGCUAUUCCGAAUGGUCUUCAGUCAAUAUUGAUCGUCUCCCUGUGGCUGUUGCAUUCCCUAAAUCCACUGCAGAGGUAGCCACCAUUGCGCGAGUUUGCCACAAAUACAAAGUACCCAUGAUCCCAUAUUCUGGUGGAUCCAGUGUCGAAGGUCAUUUUGCAGCAGCCUUCGGUGGAGUGAGUGUUGACUUCCUCAAUAUGAGUGAAGUUGUUGCUUUCCACCCGGAAGACAUGGACAUUGUUGUACAGCCAUCUGUGUCCUGGAUGGAGAUGAACGAGAACAUCAAAUCGAGUGGACUGUUUUUCCCUAUCGACCCUGGUCCACCGGCAAAAAUUGGUGGAAUGAUUGCCACCAAUUGCAGUGGAACGAAUGCCGUGCGGUAUGGUACCAUGAAGGAUUGGGUUGUGAACCUGACUGUCGUUCUUCCGGAUGGAAGGAUAAUCAAAACGAGGAAAAGACCACGCAAAUCUUCAGCCGGCUAUAACCUGAACGGCUUAUUCACUGGGUCGGAAGGCACACUGGGCUUCGUCACAGAAGCGACUCUGAAACUAGCCCAUAUCCCACAGGAGAGUGGCGUUGGGAUGACGACAUUCAAAACCAUGAGAGAUGCUGCAAAUGCAGCUACACAGAUUGUCCGCCAGGGAAUCCCAGUCGGAGCUGUGGAGCUGUUGGAUGAUGUCCAAAUGGAUGUCAUUAAUAAGAUGGGCGCGACGGGUAGGGUAUGGAAAACAUUGCCUACUUUGUUCCUCAAAUUCAGUGGCACCAAGCUAGGAGUGCAAGAUAACAUUGAAGGCGUGCGAAAGAUUGUCAAUGAAAACAAGGGCAGUGAGCUGGAAGUGGAACAAGACAAAGCAAAGCAAGCAGUUCUGUGGUCUGCCAGAAAGGAAGCCUUGUGGAGUAUGCUUUGCAUGAGAGAGUCCGGACAUGAGGUUUGGUCCACUGAUGUUGCUGUUCCCCUGUCUCGGCUUCCGGAUCUAGUUGAAAUCUCGAAGCGCGAUCUUGAUAAGUUGGGUCUGUUUGGCAGCAUGCUUGGUCACGUCGGUGAUGGAAAUUUCCAUGAGACUAUCUUGUUCAACGGUGCUGAAGAGCGUGAGCUGGUGUCCAAGUGUGUGCAUGACAUGGUGCAUCGCGCAAUUGAGAUGGAAGGCACAUGUACAGGCGAGCACGGCAUUGGUUUAGGCAAGAAAGAGUUUAUGGAGAAGGAGGUAGGGGAAGGGAGUUUAUCAGUCAUGCGUGGAAUCAAGUUAUCCCUUGAUCCGUUUUGGCUGAUGAAUCCUGGGAAGGUUUUCGACCCUUGA